AUGUGGUGUGGUCAGUGGCGUGACUAUGUUUACUGCACUGGAGUCGGCAAGGCUAGAGAAAUUGCGCGUAUUGAUCAAUUUGGUCCCUGCAUUCCGCGUACGAAAGGUGAAAAUGCGGUCGGUAAUGCUGGAAUUCUUCGGCAGUCUCUGGCAGCGAUAUCACCCACACAAUUUCUGCAUUUUCCGCAAAACGAUUUUGAAAUGCUGCUGAAUGAGUUUUUGAACGAAAACAAUGUUUAUGUAGAGCGUGGUGUUGAGCUUGAUGAUCUUAAAUUGCCAAUGGAAAGUUCUGCCACGCCAGAAGUGACGUUGCGCCACUUAGAUACAAAUACGCUCGAGAAGACGUCUUUUGAUUACAUUAUCGGAGCGGAUGGUGCACACAGCCUUGUCCGUCAACAUUGUGGUAUCGAUUUAGUUGGAGCGCGCAAUCUUCAAUCUAUUGCCAAUAUCCAUUUUAUGAGCAAGUCAUUGUCCAAAGCUGCAUGUGAAAAUCCGGCUAUGCUGUACUUUGUGUUCAACACUGAUGUCAUUGGUGUAUUAAUCGCGCACGAUCUCAAAAAAGGUGAGUGGGUUUUUCAGAUUCCAUUCUUUCCUCCGCAGGAGUCGAUGGCUUUGGAUUUUUCACAUACUAAAUGCAAAACUAUUAUCCGUCACAUCUUACCGUUAAACGUCACGGUCGGUGAUGACGAUAUCACAAUUCUGUCAGCUAGGCAGUGGCGAAUGGAAGCUUGUGUGGCGAAGCAGUACGAUGAUGGCAACCAGCGUGUAUUUCUUGUUGGUGAUGCAGCACAUCAAUUCCCUCCUGCAGGUGGUUUCGGCAUGAAUACAGGACUACAGGAUGCUCAUAAUCUGGCCUGGAAGCUUGCUCUGGCGAUUCAGUUGAACACUGAAAACUUUGCUGCCGACCAUAACAGCAUAUCUCCGUCGAUUUUAUUGAAAUCGUACGGCCUUGAGCGUCAGCUGAUUGCCAGGAUCAACACCCAGCUUAGUCUAAGAAAUGUUGCUAGGACUAUGAAAAUUCCACGUGCGCUUAACGUAGCGCACGACAAUGCACUGACUGUGGCAAAAGUCAUAAACUCAGCGCCAAUGCAGCUUCUUCCGCUGCAAUUUCAGCGUGCGAUUGCGCAGCAAAUUAUGCGGGUAGGAAAAAUGCCUUUGAGCGUUUUAGAUGAAGUUAAGGAUGCCGGUGUAGUGGGCAGUACAUUGGGCAAUCUUAUGCGUACCAAUGUGCGGGAUAUUGUCUCACGCCGUCACGGUUUAGGCAUGGUAUUUUACCACUUUGACAUUGGGUUUUCGUAUGACGCGCCCUUAUGGUCAUCUCAGGCUAAAAUUCUCAUGGAAGAUCAAGCACUAAACAAAUCUGCGAAAUUUUGCUCUAAAGUAUGUGAUGACGACGGUAUCAUCUACUCGCCAAAAUUUCGUGUUGGAGAACGAUUUCCUCAUUUCUGGUGCAUGAGUGAGUCCAAAAAAGUUUCCUCUCAUGACAUGAUGCGCCUUGCUGGUCGAAAUGGAAAGUCUGGUGGAAGUGUUGUGCAGUUUCUCUUAGUUGUUGGUGGAGACGAUGCGGCUAAGGUUAUACAUUCCUGUAUGUUCCCUGCUUCAUUAGCAGUAAGCAAGCACGUGUCUCUUGUUGUGCUGCAUCCAAGUGCUGCCACCAGAUUGGCAGAGGUGGAUGCUUCCAUUAAAAAGGCUCAGAGAGCCUCAAUAUUUAAUGCUGUUUUAUCGUGGCACACAUUGGAAGAUGAGAGCGACAACAAGGCGACGCCGGCUUUUAUGGACUGCAAAGCUAUCGUUCUAUUGCGUCCUGACGGUCAUGUUGGUGCAAUGUGGAAAGGUGAGGCGCUCAACGAAUUUUCUAGUGCAUCUCUCACGCACUCGAUGCAGCGAGCUGUACAGCUAAGCUGA